CGCAGCCGCCAGUCACAGAGCAGGCGCUGAGCGGAGAGGACGCGACGUGCACGGCGCAGGGUGCGAAGGGGAUGAGCCUUGGCGAGAGUCUGCACGCGGAGAGCGCGACCGACACCGACAUGACAGCCGAGGACCGCCGCAGAGCCACCUCCCGGCAGUGAACGAAUCGCUUUUCCAGUGCGUGCGCGCGCGUGUGUGUGGCCGUUGUGUGUGUGUGUUUUUAUAAUCUGUGUUUGCCGGAAUCAAGAUACCACGAAAGACACUUUGACGUCAACCCGAGCUUAAUUAAGGAUAUCUUCGCAUCACGCCUUUGGAGAGUUUUAACGACACGAUGAAGACUUCCGCCUGGGUGUGCUUCGUCGUGGUGCUUCUGGCAAGCGCCGCGCGCUGCCGGGUGCUCCCCGAGGACGAGCCCGACGCCUCCACCAGGGUGUCCCUGUGGGCGACGCGGGCGCACGACUGGCUGCUCGACUCGGCGUGCGCCGCCACCCCGGGCGCUGACGGGGCCCCCGCCCCCGCCGCCGACCUGUGCCGCGACCUGGUCCGCGUGCCCCGGGCCCAGAUCCGCGUGUACGCGGCGGGCCGCAGCACGGGCACCCUCGACACGGCGGAGCCCGUCAUGGCGACGCUGGUCGGCCCCGAGGGUGGCAAGGCCCUUGGCCCCCACGACGCCGUCCUCGUCCUGGACCCCUACCCUGCGGCCAGCUUCGGCCACCUCGUCCUGGUCUUCUUCGUGGCGCUGGGGACGACGGAGGAGCGCUGCGCACUCGUCCGAGGACUGCGACUCGGUAAGCUUGCAUGA